UGUCACACUGGUGUGGGGGGAUGCAAGAAGGUGCACACUGAGAAAGAGAAGUAGUACAGGAAGUGACUGAGGUCUCGGUUAAGGCAAAGAAAAAGUUGAUGCUCACGCAAACGCUUCAACUCUCCGAGCAGCUGGUGCAGAGCAGCAGACAUUUUUCUGCUCGAGUUCCUCUCAGAGAUCGGGCUGUAAAGACGUACAGGCUGGAGGGAGGCCUGGGGUCCGGGCUGCUGAGGAAGCUUUCUUCCAGGAAGUCUCAUCAGCGUAACAACCAGCGUCCUCAACCACAAGAAGCUAAUGACAUGUGGGGAAGUGGAGAUGACAGCAGUUCUUCGAGGCUAAGCCGCAGAUUCUCUCGUCUGAGCAGCAGGCAUCAGUCCCGGGAUCCUCCGAGACCUCCAGCUCAGCCGGAGAGACUUCCUGCUCAACAAGAUGACAGGCCACCUUCACCAGACCCUGCUCCAGCUCCUGCUGCACCUCCUGCUCCAGUUCCUCUCCCCACACCUGUUGCAACACCACCGAAACGCCCUGAUAAAACCACAAAGCCCAAACUUCCCCCUCGACCGCUGUCCAAGGUGUUCAGCAGCACUGAUCAUGGGUCAGCUGUGUUGCAGGGUUUUGAUGCUUUUCGGGCUGAUGAGACACUGUGUGAUGUUGUCUUGGUCCCUGGAGACAGCACAGAGACUUUCCCCGUCCACAGAGUCAUCAUGGCUUCAUCCAGUGACUAUUUCAAGGCAAUGUUCACAGGAGGCAUGAGGGAGCAAGAGAUGAGAGAGAUCAAGCUGCAUGGAGUCACUAAGUUGGGCUUAAAGAACAUUAUAGACUUCAUUUACACAUCCAAAGUCAACCUCGACAUGGGUAAUCUCCAGGAGACGCUGGAGGCGGCAAAUUUCUUGCAGGUCAUGCCCGUCCUGAGCUUCUGUAAUCAGCUACUGAGCAGUGAGAUCACUAUCGAUAACUGUGGGGAGGUGGAGCGCAUCGCCACAGACCUGCUUCUGGAGGACCUCCAGCUGAAUAUAGGUGAGUUUGUGCGGCAGAACCUCGCAGCACUGGUGGAGUGUGGCCGCUACCUCCAGCUCUCUGAAACCAGCAUGGCCAACGCUCUGGCUAAAAACUCCCUGCAGGGUUUCUCUGAGUUGGAGCUGUACCACAUCGCCAAAGAAUGGCUUAAGUACGACUACCCCAACCGUCGCUCCUCUGUCUACGCCUUGAUGCGCCACAUUCGCUUCCCACUGAUGAGCCCCAGCGAGCUGAUCCAGAUCUCACAGGAAGAUGAGGAAGGAACAGAGUCCAUGAUGCGCUCCGACACGGCCUGUGUGAACCUGCUGCUGGAGGCCAGCAACUACCAGAUGAUGCCUUUCAUGCAGCCAGCUCUGCAGACCGAGCGGACUCAGAUACGUUCAGACGACACUCACAUCCUGGCACUCGGAGGUGUGAUGAGACAGCAGCUGGUGGUGAGCCGGGAGCUGAGGCUGUAUGAUGAGAACAGCGGCAUUUGGAGGGCCCUGAAGCCCAUGGAGGUCCCACGUUACCAGCAUGGCGUGGCUCUGCUCGGAGGUUUCCUCUUUAUUGUUGGAGGCCAGAGUACAUAUGACACCAAGGGUAAGACAGCCAUAGACAGCGCGUACCGUUACGACCCACGCUUCGAUAAGUGGCUUCAGAUCGCUUCGCUCAACGAGAUGAGGACCUUCUUCCACCUGAGCGCCCUGAAGGGGAAACUGUUUGCAGUGGGAGGAAGGAAUACAUCGGGAGAGAUUGACACGGUGGAGUGCUACAACCUGAAGAAAAAUGAGUGGACAUUUGUGACCAACAUGGUGGAGCCUCACUAUGGACAUGCUGGAACAGUGCAUGGAGACCUAAUGUACAUCUCAGGUGGCAUCACCCGCGACACCUUCCAGAAGGAGCUCUGGUGCUACGAUCCCGCCGACGACAAGUGGAGUCGCCGCGCCGACAUGAUGGAGCUGCGCGGCCUGCACUGCAUGUGCACCGCGGGAGACAGACUCUACGUGAUGGGCGGGAAUCACUUCCGGGGUAGCAGCGACUACGACGACGUGCUGGGCUGCGAGUACUACAGCCCGGAGACCGACCAAUGGACGGUGGUGGCGCCAAUGCCUCGGGGCCAGAGCGAUGUGGGAGUGACGGUGUUUGGCGGGCAGAUCUACGUGGUGGGGGGGUACUCCUGGAACAGCAGGUGCAUGGUGGACAUUGUCCAGCGGUACGACCCGGAGAAGGAUGUCUGGGAUCGGGUGUUCAACGUGCUGGAGCCUCUGGGGGGGAUCAGAGCCUGUACGAUGACCGUGCAUCUACCCGAGGGGUCGGUGGACGAGGGUCAGAUACAGGAGUGCGGCCCCCUGCCCACAGCCAAGAGCUGAUCAUGCACCAAAGACGGGUUGUUUCCGUUUUAUUUAGCCCACAUGCUGAAGUGUGAGGAAAGCGAAGCAGGAAAACGGUGUGGGUUGCAAACACACGCAGGUGCAGGCGUGGCAAGCGAUUAAAACAUUCAAAUGUUUGAAAAUGCUUCGUUUCUCUAUGACCCUCUCCCAUCUUUAGUGCUGUUUCCUGUCCUUGCAUUCAGUGUCAGCUAUGCUCCCCUGCUUGUGUUUUUAGCUGUGCAGUUUCGAUAUGUUAAACAAGCGUUACAUCCAUAAUGAAAGGUCAAACCUCCCCCUCAAUACGUUUACUAUCGAUGUCUCACAGGUCAAGGUAAUUAAAAGCAAUGACAUAACACUGGAAUUAUCAGGAGUUUCCAAAUUCAAGGAGAUCAUUAUUUCAUCCUUUAUCCACUCUCUAAUAAUGUCACCAAACAGAGAUGACUUCAUCCCGCUAACAAACUCUGUCUUUGUAACUCAAUGGCACACAGUCCGACGGGGUAACGGCGUAAUGAAGUGUGUCAACAGGCACAAUGUGGCUCAUUUAUGUGUUUAAGCUCAGGAGUCAUGGGAUGUAAGACAAGGAAUUUUGUUUUUAUUAUGAUUGAGAUGUUACAUUGGAAAUCCUGUGUAGCGUAAGCAGAAAGACACAUUUUCCACCCAUUAAAGCGCCGAUUCAGAAAUGUCAGAAAUGUUUUGUAUAUUUGUGUUUUAAAUGGAAAAUAAAGUUUUAAUGGUA